AUGCAGUCGGGCCAGCUCGCCAGCAGGUCCUCCGCCUUCGCAGGCACCCGGCCAGUGCGGGCUGCCCUCACCAGCGCGCAGCCCAGCAGCAGGAGGGCGCGGCUAGAGGUGUAUGCGGGGAAGGGCAAGCAGCGGAUGCGAUCCGGCGGCGGCGGCAGCCGCAUGAUGCAGCAGCAGCAGCAAAUGAUGCCGCCCACGCCGCCUGUGGACCCCGACAAUGAGGAGUUUGUCAUCUUUGUGCGCUCCAAGAAGCUGCCGCAGUGGGUGCCGCUGUCUGUUGUCAAGGGCGGCACUGCCGCCAACAUGCUGGUCAAGGGCCUGGACUCGGACUGGAUGAAGGACACCACCGCCAAGACGCUGGUGCAGAACAUUGGCAAGGCUGUGUACAAGGACAAGGAGCAGAUCAUCGCCUCGCUGCGCAAGGCCUACCCGCCCUUCAAGGAGACCAAGGAGUUUGAGUUCGCCUUCAAGAUACGCGAGAAGGCUGACCCCAAGGCGUGGUAUGUGCCCAAGGGCCUCAUGGACAUCCCUCCGGAGGCGGAGCUGGAGAAGACGCCCGCAGAAAACGUCAAGGACUUCUUCAGCACCGCCUUCAGCGGCUUUGGCGGCAAGAAGGAGUGA